UGGGAAUGCCCCUCCGUCCUGGAGUACAAAGUGCAAGCUGGAAACAGCUCAUUGUACAACACACCUCAAUGCUUCAGCAUCUAUGUCAUGGGUCUGGUUCUGGAGUGGAUUAAGAACAGUGGCGGUGCAGCAGCCACGGAGAAGGUCAGCAUCGUCAAAUCUCAAAUGAUUUACUAUAUCAUCGGUAACUCUCAAGGGUUCUAUGUAUAUCCAGUGGAGCCCGAGAAUAGAAGCAAGAUGAAUAUUCCAUUCUGCAUUGGCAAUGCCAAAGGAGAGGAUGCUCUAGGAAAAAGAUUUCUUGAUAAAGCUCUUGAGCACAAUAUGCUGUCUUUGAAAGGCCACAGGUCUGUGGGAGGCAUCCGCACCUCGCUCUAUAACGCUGUCACCUUCGAAGACAUUCAGAAGCUGGCAGCCUUCAUGAAAAACUUUUUGCAGAUGCAUCAGCUUUGA